CUACUGUACGUGUGCAUGUGCAUGCGCAUACUAGACCUGUCAAACGAAGGGACUGCUUGUAUAUGCAUUAUUCUACCUUGUGAUACUCGUAGUGUUUUUAGAUUGUAUAAAAUAAUGUAUAAAAUAUCGCAGUGUCUUCUCGUACUGAACAUGAACUAACGUGGUUUCCUCGCAUUGAUUGUAACUUACCGUUUUCGGUAUUAUUUAUCGUAUGAUAUAAGUGUUAAAUGUCUAGAAAAGUGAUUUAAGGAUAUCAAAGCACGCGUCAUUGAGUUCGUUAACACGGAUUUCUGGGCGGCGUAAAAUAAAUAUCUGGGAAUUUAAACAAAUGGAAAAUGAGAAUUUGAAGGAUUUACGCCUGAUCCUGUAAUCUCGCUAUCGUUGAAAAGUUCCGAAAAAACAACGAAUGUCUCGCUCUUUCUUACUAUCUCGCAAGCAACUGGUAUAUUAGUUAUAUAUUAUAUAAAAUGUAAGGUAACCUUCAACGAAUUUUAUAAAAAUAUGCGCUUCUAAACAUUAUUUAAUUACGCUAUAUAUGGAGAAGGACAAGUUGUACAUCAAACUGGAAUAACACUUAAUUGAUAGACUACUUUUAGUAAACAUAAUUUCCUCUUAAACAUAAUAUGGAAAUGUUUGCAUAAGGUGCUCUCUUAAUAUACAAAUCAACAUGGUACGUGUAAUCACAGUACAUAAUUUUUUGGGACAAAACAUUACUCAAAUCGAGGAGCCGACUGCAAGCUGCAUAGCACAUGCAACUGGCCAUGAAAUGCUCCUCUUGGCACUUUCAACACAUUGUGUUGAAGUGUGGGAAUUGACGUUGUCUGAUAUUAAGCUGCAUACUGUUUUCCCAACAGUAGAUAUGAUAAAUCAAAUGCUGCACUGUGCCAAAGGAGAUUAUGUAGUAACAAUAGAAUCAAAAUUGUCUAGAGAAGCAAGUAGUAACAACCACGCAGGAAAAGGAAUUAAUAAUUUUGUUAGAAUCUACGUUAACUGGAGUAUGGUAAAGGAUCAAAGUCAACCAAUGCGUGCUAGAAUAGCAGGACGUGUCACCCCAAGCUUAAAUCGACCACUAAAUAGCUUGGAGAUGAUUGAACUACCAUUAAAUGUACAACCCACACAGAUUGCUUGUUGUCAAAGUACUGGCAAUCUUCUGGUCGUCUCUGGAAACAGUGCUAUCCUCCAUGAAUUCAAAAUUGAAACUCAACAAGUAUCGAAGAUGAAAUUUAUAGAUUUUGAAGCAAGACCUUGGUCAUUAGGAUUUUCAUUUUCUCCUACUCACAUAGAAAUCGUUGAAGAUUUCAUAUCAGUUAUGGACAAGACGAAUUUGUCAAUUUUCCGACUAACUAAUUCAAUGUAUGAAGACAUUGAUCAACUAAGUUCUUUAACUUCUACAAACUCUUCAUCUAUUGAUAAAACCUCGAUAUCCACUGAUUCUUCUCUCGUGGAAAAUAGUACAAUUAAUCAAGACGACAACAUAUUGUUCCAAGGGAUAAAUUCAAAGCGUAAAAGUUCCAAUCAAGAUCUUCACCUUAUUGUACCAGAAAACAAUGAUCCGAGUGGAACGAACGCGAAAUUGAAAAACAGAAAACAUAGGAAUUCUAAAACAAGUGUAUGGAGCAAACUGGAGACUGGAGAAUUUAGAAAAAUCAGAUCUAAUAACAAUGAGGCUGUUAUAAAUUUAGAUCAUUUGAUGUACAAUGAGAAAGAUGAAUUACAAAGAUUAAUUGAUCAAGAGAUAGUUGACGGGAGUUCACAACCCUUGACUAUUAAUUUGCCAUCUAUAAGUUUGGAAAGAGCAGGACCUGGACAUACUUUAAGCCCGUUCAUAUUAAAUCCAUCAGACAUAAAGAUCGUGAUUAAGACGAACUCACCUGACGUAGGGUGGUCGGAGAAUUAUACAAUAAAGACUUUAUUGUCUCUUAAAAUAAUGGCAACUAAUAACAAUGCUAAACUCGAUAGAAGCUCAGAGCUGUUCAGUUGUUCUUUAUUAAAGCCAUUAUAUAUGAGAAAAGAGUGCAAUACAACUUGCUUAAAGAAAUCAAUGCUCAGAUCAGACAAAUAUACAUAUUUGCAAGGCGUAAGUUGCUUCCUAUGUACAUUGCAAGAAGGAUAUCUUUACCACUUUUCUGCUGCUAGUUCCAAUCCUACAGACGCGACCUGUUUAACUACGUAUCCAUUUACUGCGCCUGUUAAUCACGUAGCACUGGAACAUACUAUCUUGCACGCAUUGACAGAAGCUGGUCUAGAGUCUUAUACGUUACGUUUGUCUCAUCACGUAGCGAAAAGUUCAAACGAUAUAAGUAAUUUAAGAAUUAGGUGUCCCAGCGUUUCUGAGCCUGUGUGUCUUAUCGGACUACGUCCAUUUCUGGGUAUACAACAACUAUUGCAUAGUAAAAGUUAUCUAGUCCUAUUGGCCAAAGCUGAAAACUCUUGGACGUUGUAUUCUUUAAUUUUUCCUAAAUUGGAAAACUUGUAUUAUGAUAUCUUGAACGCGGCAAGGAGUCACAAAUCGUCUAGUCCGAGCACCUAUCGACACUUAUUGGGAGAGGCUCACGCUUUGAUACGCUUAGCCAAAGAUGCCGCAUACAAUAGCUCAGACAUCAACGAAUUCGAUGAUACCACAAAUAAAAAUGAAUUGAAACUGAAGAAUUUGUAUAAUCAAUCGUGUGCACUGCUUGGCGAUUAUUACAUUCGUUCCGAGUAUGAAUCUGAUUGGGACUUUUGUAUACCCUACUAUAAAAUGUCGGGAUUGAAACCUUCGGAAGUGUUAUCCAGAAAAUCAAGUCAAGACGCACCUGGUCUAGUCACAUUUUUAACUGAUAUACUCUUAACGAUGAAAAGUGGUCCAGACGCUGAUGCAUUGUUCCAAGGGUUCAAUAUUAUAGAUAUUAUAUGUAAAUUGAAGAAAUUAGAUCUAUUGAAAUUGAUUUUCAGUAGUCCUGUAUUGCGAGAGUAUACCACAGAAAAAUUGAUACACCUUUUACUCUUAUACGAAACGGACGAAUUAGUAAAAUUAGCAUUAGCGCUCUUAUACAUACAAGCUGAAAAACAAGAACAGGCAGAAAAGAUACUUGAGCCAGUUUCGAGUUUAUGCGUCAAAAGGGUAGUUUUAGAACACUACGAUCUACUGUUCGAUAUGACGGCUAUGAAGAAGAGAAGUCCGAUGAUACCAACGUUCUCCGAUUUCGCCGGGACGUUAAUGCGUCAAAAGAAUUCAACUUUCGCUGAAAUUCUAAUACAGAUCAUUGAAGACGACGAACUUCUAUCCCUUCAUCAAAUUAUACAAGUGUUCUUAGAAUAUUUACCAUCAAGAGUAGGAAGGGACGGUCACAAUGCAGCAAUGACAUUACAAGUUUUCCUCGAAAGAUAUCUUCAUAAUUACUUUAGUACAAAGCUGAUUAUAGAUUCAACAGUUAUAAAUAAAAAUCAAAUACGAUCAGAUUUUGCUUUGGUCGAAGCAUUUAAGUUACUAGUACGGUCGUACCUAGGCAAAUUAAGUCAAACGAAAGUGUACAAAGUAGAGAAUAAAGAGAACAUACAAGGGAAUUACGACAACUUCAUAUUCGCCAAGUUUAGACCUAAUUAUCUAAACGGGAUGCCGCCGUAUGCGAAAGAUUAUCAAAAAGUUUUAAACAUGUGCGAUUUGAAAGAUCUAGCCGAGAUCGAUAAGACUGACUCUGAGAAAACUGUAUCAACGGAAUUGUUUAAAUUACAGUCUGUAUUGUCGUGUGAUUUUAUACCAAAUGAAUGCUUGUACGAAGUCAGGCAGUUUCUUGACACGCAAGAAAUUGAUGGUAGCUUGUCCUUAAAAACACUGUGCGCUCAAAAUACAGAAGAAGCGACAGCACUUUUAAUGGCAGACUGUCCACAAGCUGUUGUGCAUUAUGCGAAGGACAUGUACACUAAGGAUUCUGAAUGGAAGUAUUUGAUCGAGUUGACGCAAGACAAAAUUUCUGCAUCGGUCGCUCGGCAAGACUUGCAUUGUUUGUAUACGCAAAUUAUGAAAGCAAUUUUAAAUUACCUACCGCACACGUUAUCUCUGAAAAGCCUGCACCGUGUUCUUCCGAAAGACGACGUAACAGCAUUUCAAAAAUGCAGCGAGAUGUGUAAUCAAAUUAUGCACGCGGAACACGUGAAAUCUUUGAUAAUGGAAACGGGACAACAACUUCUGUCAACUCUAAAGUUGUGAGCGAUAGUCUCAACUGAUCAAUUUCAUCGUCGCGUCGUUUGACGAUAGUAUAGGUCCAAUCUGAUUUAGUAUUAAAACAGAACGUGCAACAAAAUGUUACGUUGCAUGUUAUAUAGCAAAAAUAGAAUUGCAAUGUUAUAGUACUUAACUGAAUUUCUUGAGAACAAUAAUUCUCCAUAUGUGAUAUAACUUUUGUGAGUGACGAUUUUCCACUUCGAAUCAAUUGACUUUUCAAAUAAUUAAUAUUUCUCUAUUUUUUAUCACAUAUCGAAAAGCUUUUUUCACUUUUAUGGCUAUUUAUUCUUAUUCAACGUAACAAUCGAAUUUUUAUCAAAUGCACAGUCUAAAAUAUAUCUUCGAUGUCUGGUCAUAUUUAUACGUUGUUUUAGAAAGUGCACUAUUUAUUUUUAUCCAAUUAAUUAAAGCAUUCGAAUUUCGUUACAAUCUUAGCCACGCACAACAUUUGUUUAUGGACAUAGCUAUAUUAGCAAAAUGUCAAAAACUGAAGACAAAUACUAUAGAUAAAAUUAAUUCACCUAUUAUUAAUCGUUGAAAUGUUCUAUAUAGAUAUAUUGUGUCUAAACAUAUCCUGUCCUUUCCUUAGCUAGUGGAAUAGUUAAAUUAUAAUUGAUAAAUGUUUAUACAGAAACCGAGCGAAUAGAUAUUAACAAUUUACAGUGCUAUAUAUAUAUUUAAUACAAUAAAUUGCUUUGUACACAGAGCUAUGGAAUUCUGUAGUAAUCACGUAUUUUUGACUGCUAUUUAAAUAUUUCUAUGAAGAAUUUGUUGAAAAUUGUUUAUAUUUCAAUGGCUAAGGACGGGAUGGCACGUGUUUACAGAAUUAAAUAUUGCUAAGAUAGUUACUUUUUAUUAUAUUCGUUGACCCUAUAAUGUAGUAUUUUCAUCACUUUCUAAAUGUUACAAAAAGUGUAACUUUGAUGUGCCUUUAGGACUAAUUUUUCUUUGUUAUAAAUCUAAUAUAAUUAUGUUAGAGGUGAUCUAUGAUAUUUAUAAAUUAUGAUAGAAAUAAUAUAUCUGGAAAUCAUAUCAGAAUGCUUCUUUAUUUUAUAAUAAUCGAUCUUUAUGGUACUAUUCGUUUAGUUAGACAGAAAAGAAAGAACAAAAUUAUUUUAUCAUCAUCUACGCUAAUUCAUUUUUAUUAAAUGUCUAACAAUUUUGUAAUAUAGAUAUCUAUAAUCCCUUUAUAUAUGAUAAAACAAUGGGAAGCAGUAUACCUAUAAAAGACAUUUAACAGAGUAGUAAAAAUAUAAAAUAUCAUGA